CUCCACCACAGAUAUACUAUAGCGGUACCGGUACGUACUUGUUCGUAAGUAUCCAAAGUAUCAAAAAUAGAUACUAGACUUGGGCGCCCGGUAGCACACACUCCUCCAACUAGAGUCCUCCACUCCCUACACGCAAUCCCUCGGUCCCGGCGUGCUUCCGCUUCCCCGGCUCUUUCCCCGCCCGGCAACCGUCUGGCGGAGUUGAUCGGCGGGACAGGAGUCGGGGCGCAAAGCGGGGGCGGCGAGCUGACAUUGAAAAGACAUAGCUCGAAAUCACUUGCCCGCGAGUCUGCUUCUCUUUUGUUACGUUUGGCCUUCUUUGAGCGAAAGUCGAAGCUCUCGAGUUUGAAACUUUUAAAACUCAUUUUCUUUCGAUAGAAUUUGAGUCUUUGGAUAAUUUGAAAUUUUUUAAAAUUCAUUUUUAUGUGAUACUCCGCCCCUGGUGGGAAGGAAGACCAGAAAGUGCCUGGUGGAACAAAAAAUAGAUGAAAAACUCCGCCCCUGGAGGGAAGGCAGGCAAGUGUCUCUGAGAGGACAACCGCCCGCGCCUGUUCGGGCGAGAUCGAUGCCGCCACCUCUGAGAGGGGGCCCGGACACUACACGCCUGGCCCCAGGCGGGACGCAAUCAAUGAAGCGCCGCAACGCUUUGCGAGAGGCGCGCCGCGAUUGGUGCGCAGCAUGGGGGGGAGGCUGGGGCGCGUGGGGCUGGGGCCCCUGUCUGUGCUUACUAGGGAAAUGCUUGGAGGCGGUCCACUGGCGUGGUUGAUGGUUAUCCCUCCGGGCAUGCAAGAGAACGAAAGAGAGACGGCCAGCCCGGGGCGUCCUCCUCCUUUGCGUGCCAGGGCCUUGGUUCUCUUCAUGAGAUGAACCGCCAGCGGCACAGCAGGAGCGGGAGGCGCGUUGGCUUCUGUGCCUCGUUUCUUCUGGGUAUCCAAGGCGAGGAGAGCCCGACAGUCAGCCCGCCUCGGCAGGCUGGUGCCGCCUCGCUUUCUUCCAAAGGAAGGCAAAAGGGCAAGGCCAUGGCUGUGAAGCCGCGAGGAGAUUCGGCGGGCCGAUUGGCUGCCUUGGGCGGUUGCUUCCUCGGCCCGUGUCGUGUGGUGUCUGUGUGCGGUCUGGUGGCUUGCCUCGCCCUCGUCGUGAUCCGACCGCCCCCGCCCGCCUUCUUUCUUUGUCAGUUCGUUGCGCUCUCCUCGCUUGUUGACUUGUCGUUGUUGAGGGUAGUUGGACCCCCACCGCCACCACGGACCCGCGCACCGGUCGCCAAUGCCUAGCCCCUGGCGGGCAGGCAGCGCGCCAAACUUACACAAAGUAAGCUUACAUCUGGGCUCUGAAUCUGAUCGCUCCGCUCUGGUAGCUGAGUCGAGGAGGCCAAGGCGGACCUGGUCACUUGGAGCGGAGCUUCUCUGAUGCACACCUGCCGCCGGCUCCGCGGCUGGAGUUUUUCGCCCGCCAGCCUGGAACACGUGCGCGCGUGACGGCAAGGCCCCCGGCCCGGCCUCAAGUUCCCCUGGAGACUGAGCACGGACGUCGUCCAACCCUGCACAGCAGCACCGUGCAAGGCCCCACGUGUUGGCGUGUCCCUUUUCCUACAUACAUACAUGCACUUUUCUCCGAUAAAGUCAAAAGUUUAGGAUUCGAAUUUACAAAUGCAAAAUUUUGAAAUUUCGACACUGUAGAUUGGUGUGAUUGGAGGCAAAACAUGAGCCGUCGGCGACAUUGGGGGCAUGGUGAUCUUUGGCAUUGCCGGGGUAUUUGUGACGAGAUGUUUUGAGUUUGCUUCCCAUUGACAAAGUCAACAGUUUUGAAUGUUAAACUUACAAGAUUCAAAAAUUUUAAAUUUGAAACUGGAAAACUGAAAGAUUUUUAAUUUUAUCAGCAAAGAUUACGCUUAAAGCUUCUAGCUGCUUAAAUGUUUUCCAUGCCAUGGCUCGUGAGUUCCUAAGUUCAUCAGUGCAGGGGCUCGUGGGUUCGUGUUUUAGUUGUUGCAGUGUUUUUGGCUUAAGUGUCUGUGGUUCAAGUGUUUUUUGUGCAAGUGCUACGUUUUUGGUGCAAAGAAAUGUUUUUGGUCCAAGUGUUUGGGGUUCAAGUGCUUUUGGUUCGUGUGUUUUUGGUUCAGUCGUUUUUGGUUCGAGGUUGGCGGGCACGUUGUUGAUAUUUCAUAUACCUCUUUAAUAUUCAUGGCAGCGGAGGCGCAUUCCCGGUCGACCACUGAAACUCCGUGGCCACAGCAGAAAUACGCAGAGUCGCCUGUUUAUUAGUUACUGCGUGAAGCAGCAGUAGCAGUGGUAGAACAGUAGUACCCCAAUCUCAAGCAGACUACGCUAUCAGAGGAAGCAAGAGAAACUCCUCCUGUCAGAACAAACGUGACGAUCGCGUUGUCGUGGAUUACGUUGACAAGACCUGUCUUACUCUUACCGAAUUCUUCGCUUUAAUCGACGAGAUCACUUUUGAAGAUUCGUUUGGCGCCUCUCAAUUGUAAGGGGACGGUGUAUCGAACGUUCUUUACCUGCAUUGAAAGACACGGCACCAACACUUAUUUCGGUUCUCGUGACUUUUACCAAUCGACGCGAGGACGAGAGCCAUGCGAUCGAAUUUUCACCCUGAUGUUGAAAGGCGGGGCCUAUCCCACGGAGGCGCGCCUCGACCAGGAGGACGACAACUGCAAGGUCCAACUGGGAUGGACAAAGGGAGCUCCUUCACGGGAGCACCUUCCUCCGUUCUUUCCUCGGGAGGCAAACAAGGCAGGUCGUUUGGAAGUGGUGACUAUGGGGAAGGUGGAGCGUACAAGGGGGCGACCCAUCACCAAGAGCAAAUCGCUGCAGGAGAAGGGACAUUACCGGCAGAGAUACGACACAAAACUGGUGAAGCGAAUUACCGGCUUCGCCAAGCGGGGGCUCCACCUGUUCAUCAACACAGCGGCGACGCGAGCAAUAGCCGCGCGGAGUCAGCAAACACUACUUGUCGGUAUAAUAGCCAUUAUACUGCCGCGCAGCGCGACGCUCAUCUGUCUUACGGCACAGGCCUACGACGUGGAUCUAAUGUAUCCACGACGCCGCCGUUGUAUCAGCUGCAUCGAAAUAUGGCGGAAAUGGAAAGACGAGCUGGCGACUUUGCGGGGACGUCAGGAGUGGCAACAGACCGGACGGAUUUACUGAGAAACUUUGAGGACCAGCGAUCCGGACUGCAGUCUCACCACGAGCAUGAUGACUUUUUCCGAGGAUCUCAGGGCUAAGGCUUUGAGCAGCUAAUCUAUAUUCACGAUUUUUCUAAAUACAGUGCAAAGUAUUGAUACCGCAUACUGCAGAUAUCCUUUUUUUCAUUUCUUAGCAUGGUGCUCCUGCCCGUGCUUGCGGUGUAUGGCGUCGAGGCGUACUAUCAUUUGAGUCGGGUUAAAGCAACUAGGCACCUGAGUCAGGCAAUCGGUUGCGUGAUGUUGUGGCUGCUUAAACAACUAUGAAUAUGCAAUAAGUAGUUCGAUUACAACUGCGUUCCAGAUUCAGAAGUAUUGUCGAAUUACUAUGUCUGGGAACCUCCAUCGAUGUAAAAUAUCGCUCUAAUAGUUGAAGGUAGUGCCGCGGCAUCGCAGCGCAUUCAUCAAUAAUACCACCCGUAUCGACACCGGAAAUCGGCCACCCAGUGGUAGUCCCCCGCCGCAGUACACACACAGUUCGAGCUCACCGUCUGGUCCACCGGCACGUCCUCCGCCACACCCUGACGGACAAUCACUGCAGCUGUCUGACCGUGAAAAACUGUGCGUGGAACUUCUCGCUGAAAGUGGACUGGAUAUGGACACACUGCAGCAUGCUGUCUCAAGUACACACAAAGUGCUUGUAUGUUGUAAAUUAGUGGUUGUGCGGUAGGAUCACGAGGACGAUCUUGACCUGUUGUAGUUCUUGCAGAUAUACUCUGUUCCCUAGAAGUACUUUUUCAGAUCAUGAUCAUAUCAAUCUACCCAUCUACUUAUGUUGAUGUUGAAUCACGCUCAGUGAUUUUGUUGUUCUACUUUUUCAUAUAAUCAGAAAAUGCCACCCUUUACAGUCGCUCGGCAACGAGGGGGCGGGCAGAGGGGGAAGACGGGCAAAGGAGUUAGCAACAAGGGUAUGCCGGCGCGAGAACAGGCGGAGGAAAUGGUGCGGUUGGUAGAGCUGGAAGGUGACGGCCAGCAGAGAGGUGAGGGACGAAGCCACCGGUUUCAUAGAGGAGACAUGCAUAACGAAAACGCAAGGGAGCAAGGUUAUGGAAGCAAGUUUUUGCCGCAACACCAGCAGCGGCAUACUCUGGAUAACAGCUCUCGGCAUGCAGAUCGUGGUGGCGGAGGUCACAGCAACUGCCCAAAGCAAGGAGGUACUAGUGAGAUUUCUACGAUUGUGUCGUCAAAUCCAAUGCAAGAAGAUGAAUUUCGAAGAUUCGAUCGCGUUAAUUCGGGUACCAGUGCUUAUGCAGCUGCGGCUUCAAGAAAUAUUCAUAUGCGCAACGCUCAAGAUUCGCUCGAAGCUCCGCCGGGUAGUAAAGGCGGUCAUCUGCGGUUCCAAUCUUACAACCAUAGGAAGAAAUCGUCUGGGAUCAUGAAGGGUUCGACACCUGUGCAUGCUUCUUCCUCGAUGCAGCGUGAAACUGAGGGAGUGGUCGAUCGGUCAGUAGCAGAUCAUGCUGUUGUCCGCAGUAUGACCGCUCCCGGCCGUCCGGCUGACUACCUGCGCAAAGGCGCAAACAUCGUUCCGGGGUAUCAGAGCAUACGAUCGAACCGUCAGGGCGUGCUGGAUUUGCAAUACCGAUACGAUUCCAGUGACAUGGAAAGCCAAAGCUUACCUCACAGAAAGCAAAAUGCAGCAGGGUCGUAUAAUAAUGAUAACUAUAGUAGCGUCGCGUCUCUUGGUGGAGAUACUGCUCAACAACGGUGCGGAGGUUGUGAAGACUCGGAGUGGAACGAUCCCAACUUCUUGCGCGAUGAUUUCAGCGACUUUCUUUACGACGUCGAUUCACGAGCGAGGCAGCAUCACGAGAAAAGUUACCAAGUCGAUUUCAACGGGCAGGCUGCCUCGUCCGGCGGCAUGUCCAAUCGUGAACGACGACCAGUGGCAGCAACCCGAAGUGAGGUGGUGCACAAUCAAAGAUCAGGUCACGAAAAGGGGUGGCAAUCUGGCGGUCCGUCCGGGAGGGGAUUGAGGAAGGGUCCAGGACCAGGAGGUGGACAACGGACAGGCAUUACUGAGAUGUAUGAUGGUACCCGCCAAAAGGGCAUUAGAAAUCGGAACGAAGAGCCUGUAGGGCCAAGCGACACGGCCCAGGCGCCGCUUCAUCAGCGCGGCAUGGUAUCGCCAAGCGAGCCGUCUACGUAUAGUCGCGGGAAGGACACUCUCUACGAUAGGUUGGUGAACCAGGUGGAUCACGUCCAUAAUAUUCGCAACUACCCUGAUCAGUUUCCCUCCGGAACGAAUCGUCGGGAUAAUAGUGACCAUCACUACCACGGAAAAGGAGCGGGAACGGCUUCGUCCUCUCAGCCGCCACCGCAUGCCACUACGGGAAAAGAUAGGCGCAUCUGUUCGAGCAAUGUGCAGGAUAACUACACUGGUCCACCGUCAUCGUCGUGGAGGAACCAUGACCUCCAGCGACAGGGUCAAUAUGGUGGCUCCAAGAGCGGACUCUUCGACUCCAGUGCCGCAAGCCAGAGACGGAAUAACGCAGCGGGGGCAAAAUCAGGAGGAGAUCACGACAACAUCCAAGGGAAGAGUAAAGGCGGCGUUGUUACAUCAUCCAUCAACUCCAAUUUGGUUGCUCGCGGUGCUCCUUAUACUUCUGCUGGUCGAGUUAGUGUUGAUGCAAAGCCUUUUUCGCAGCGUGUUGGCCCGGUCGCGGAAACUCAGUCGGCGGACAGCGGCAUAGAGCCGAAUAAGUGCUGGAUUUGUCUUCGAAAGACGGAUCUUGCGAUUUGGGUGGAAGGCGUGCCGCAUCAAAUGCGACUGGAGGGCAUUGUGCGCUUUGCCAAAGAGCUGAAAAUUGAUGCUGUCGGCUGGGCUCGACGACAGCGCCGAGGCUACCGCGAGUCCAUGUUCAGUAAACCAUUCGGUGUUAAAAUGGUGUUUUACAACAUCGCGACGGGAACCAACCAGGGCGCGUUGAACCAGCUAAAAGCCCGUUUCGGACUCGGUUCGGCUCGGCAGUCAGACGAGCAGAAACAAACGAAUCCACGCGUACCUCGCGGUGGAAUUAGCGGAGCGCUAGCCUCGCUCCACGAAAGUAGCACUUCCACCUCUGAGGCUGCAUCUUCGCUGUUAUGCUUGAUUGUGUUUCCGUCGGGCCAGUGGCUUCUGUGCUGCACGACACCGGUCUGGACGCUGGACCCCAUAAAGCGAGUGCAAGAGUACAAGAUCAAGAGAGCAAGUAGCGAUGGCUUGCCGAUGAUGUCGCGUCCCAACUUCUCUACCGGGCCAGGAAAUAAUGGGAGCUCUGACUCUGCCAACGAAGAAGGAGGAACAACAGCAGACCAGCCACAAGGGCACAGGACUCUUAAAAAUGAUGGGACAGAGGGAUUGCUGAGGAAUAAUCAACUGGUAGAGGGUCUUUUCACGAGAUUUCGAAACCAGCUGCGUAAUGACGGAGGCAGACUCCUCUUCGGACGUACUUUUAAGAUUCGCACUCCGCGCAACCUCUUCGAAGGCGUGCAUAUACCAAUCACGAUACCCGUCUGGGCCUUCGAGCUUGGAGAGGAUGAAUUUUCCAGCCUAAGAAAUUAUGGCAGGUUUCUCACCAUUAGUAGGGACCACAACUAAUUGGAAUAACUCCAUAGUGAACCAGUACUAUUUGUAAGGAGCGGCUGGCGGAGCUCUUAUUUAUUGUAAUUGUUGAACUUGAAGCUGCAGCCGUCACCAUUGUCUCACAUCAUCAAUUGCAACUCGUCGGAACCCAGCGAGAAACAAAAUUAUCACAUAUCAUAACUUGCAACUUGUCGGACCGCAGCGAGAAACAAACUACUAGCACUAUCUAAUUACGCAAGGCACCAGCCGGAGCAGAAACGCCUUUGGUCGUCCAGACCGCAAGUGCCGAAAAAACUACACCGAACACAAUAAGCAGAGGCAAGGCGGUCAACUUCGGAGAAGAUCAAGAUGUGCUGCCAGAGAUGAGAAUCACGGCGGAUGAAAGGGUCGUGUCAGAGAGCAUUAGCAUGCGGAUGCUCUUCGAGAUGUGGCUACGUUCACAAUGCGAUCGCACAGAUAAAACCAGUGGCGCUGCCGUCGCUAUAAGAUCUGGGCCGAUCAAGGAUGCGAAGCAGGCAGCAGUUUCAACGGCUGGUGUAGGAAGCCUUCCGAAGCCAACAGGGGACGGACAAGCAGCGCUAGGGCAAGCAGCGCUAGGAGGCGGAAACAAAAGUGAAAUCAGUGAGGAGGAUAUGAGGAACUCAGAGGAGGAACAGGCCACCACGAUGGUGCCUGCUUGUCAUGUAUUCAUCGGCAACAGAGCGACCGAAGCAGGAGCAGGACGCGCGGCUGCCGGUGCAUUAGACGGUGAGAGUGAGACUACUGCUGAGAAGACUGUGGACGAUAGAAACGGAGCGCAACAUCUUCUUUCCAUGACCCACUUGACGCCGCUCUCGAGGCUCGCGUGGGAGCUCCUCUUGCAGGGUGGUGAUGACCAGCGCCAGCCGGUCGACAAGAACAGUGAUUCAGGUACUGAGAGCAUUCUUGAGAACGACGAUGACCUUAAAGGCGACGAAAGAGUGCCAGGCAAGCACACGAAAAAGUCACAGAAGGUAGCGCGCAAAUUUCCUAAGAAGAACGCCGCCGUAUCCCAUGGAGAUUUAGAUGAGUUGUUGCGUGGUGACGCUUCUGGACGCACUUCCGUUUUUUGGGGUGAUGACGGCAAUGGUUAUCUCGACAGCGCAUCGUCGUCAAAUGGUCAUCAUGGUGAUUUGCCACAGAGUGGGGUCGAUACCCGUUUCCGUAUCGCUGAGCGGGUACUGCAGGUGAAGGGGGGCCGUCCACUGCUUCACUUGUCUCGCUCCGAGAAGAUUAAACUUCUCGAUCUGUAUCUGUUGACAGGUCCGAACGCGCUGAAAGAGGUCUUAUAUGCCGAAUCUGCUGCUCUCGCAGGACAAGGACUCGAAGAAACUGCAGCUGUAGUGAAGGAAGUUCGUUACGCGCACGAGUUAGAAGACGAACACGGCAGCCGACAGCAAGAAGAUCGAAGAGAGCCUUCAAGCGACGCGGAUGAAGCCGGAAAAAAAGCCGAUGUUGAAACUUCCGAUCUAAAUGAUGAAAAACAGCAGGAGUCUGCAACUUCUUCUUUGACAGUGGAAGGAUGUAGCACAACGACACCGAGUAAUUAUUUGGUUGCAGAUGCUUCUGCAUCGUUCCUGCUUACAGCCUCUGGCAUCGAGGCCGUGCAGGAACACGAUAAUGCCAAGAUGUUCCAGUUGGUUUUGGAUCAAGAAAACGAUUUUCCGCUCUCAUCUAAUGCGGCUUCUUGUACAGCAAGAGUACAACUACAACAAGACAGCCUGAAAGAGUCUGCAGGAGUCCCUGGAAAAGGUAACCAAGCAGUCGCGCAGCAGCUGCAGAACGACUCAUCUCUCGGAAAGCGCUUCGGAGAGCUGCGGCAGGAACUGAAGGAGCAGCACAAGUUGUUGCAUUCCCGCAUCCUUUUGCCCAUUGCGCAAAUACCAAGUAGUUUGCAGGGAAUGGCGCUAGAAGACGGGCAGGACGGAGAUGUAUCGUCUCUAGGACCUCUUGUGGGAUCGCGCCCGGCUGGGAUACAAACUUUGACCGAGGCAGCCCGGAUCAACGAGAAGUGGGCCGCGAUAGCGCGGCGAAUAGGUCUUGACACGCGUCUACCGAGCGAGAAGUUGACCGAAGCGCGUUCUCUCUCAGAUGUUAUGGCUGGCUUUCGAUGUUCAUUCCUUCAUCUCUUUUUCAUUUUCAGAUUUGGAGUUAGAGAGGCACCAGGGAUAAAAUCAACCUAGUACCACCUGGGCUCCUUGUGUGGAGAUUUUGAAAUUUUGAUGUGCGUAAAUCUCAAACGUGUACAUGUACUGUAUAUUGAGCACCGAUCAUAAUGAACUUACAUUUUAGAAAUCCUAGCUUUAAGAAGCUUUCUCCAGCUCUGCAGCCACAGAGGCCUUUCGUUCUGGAUGCCCGGUCUAGGUGGAUCCUCGAUCACGUUCACGAGUCUAAGGAAAACAUCGACUACGUCUGUUCAGCCCGCCCCCCAUCCAUGUGGAUCACGCUGCGAGUCUUGCGCGGUACUUCUACACAUGGUCAGGAUUCUGCCUGCAGUAAACGAUGUGCUUUACUUUACUAAGCUGAGUAAGCAGAGUCAGUGUGUCUUUUCUAGUUGUUCCACUUCCCCUAUUGAUUGACUUACGCAUAUUGCAACUGCUUUAUUAUAAAUAUUUAUGAUAAUCGUCGAAUUAUUUUUGAUGAUGAGUGAUGAUGUAGAAAUAGAUCAUGGCCGCAUUUGUUCCACCGCUUCUAUCUGAGCAGUUCUAAUUUUGAAUUCCCUUGCUGGUGUUCGCAGGUGAACCACCACCGAAGCGCGGCGCCCCUGACGCUUUUCCUAUGCAGACGUUUUCAUUCCAUACCUGGCGCGCUCAGCAGGACGCCGAUACCAAGGAGGAGGUCGACACCUCAGCAAUGGCACCAGAGCCCGUUCCGACUUUCCGUAAGAAUUUUGAGUUGAUAUGCAGAUGAUGUAACUCUAAAGUAAUUCGUCUACUUAGAUCUCUAUUAUCUCGUCUUCAAGGACAUACAAGGGGCUUGGUAGUUGAAGCUCCAAUUGAAUUAGUCUUGAAUGAUCACUCCUCUACCAAAUUCAUUAUUGUAGCUCAUCUGCUGUUAUAUCUGCAGCGACCAGCCAGCGCUGAGAACGUGUAGUGAAUAUUCUUCAAACGUCUCCAGUGAGAGCGUUAUCUUAUGAUCUUUUUUAACAGAUGUAGAUGAUCUCGUGUCGGCUGCCAUUCUUAUGCGCCCCCAGUAUGUAACUUGGAUGACAAUAGUUGAGCAUGUUAAUUGACUGUUUGAAAGGGCGGCUGCAUAUAGUCCUAGCGCAAAAAAAAAAACUAUACGGUGAUCAAGAACGGUCAUAACAGGGACAUACACAUGACUAGAUCAUGUAGGUGGUCUGCUUCUGCUCAUCAAUGAUUCUGGUGUUCUAUAAAAAAAACAAACAGGUGACGGUGAGCAUACGCGUGUUUGUUUGACGUCGCCGAGGAAUGAUUCCAGUUGUAGCGGCACUAACGGUAGAAAAGAAGCGCCCGUUGUGGUAGCUCUGUCCAACGACGCAGGAAAGUCCUCCUGGAAUGACAAUACCAUCGCGGCCGCUUUAUUAUUAUGGCUCAGGAUACAGGUACGUAGGGUUCGUAGCUGCUUGUUUGCACCGGGUUCUUAGUUGUUGUGAUACGCUGUCACUGCCUAGGCAAGUUAUUUGACUUGCGUUGAGAUCAUCACGUUGAUAAUGUAAUUAUGAUUCUGGUCAAAUGAAGCAUUAAACCGAAUCUGUUGAUUUUUCGAAGAGCGACAAACUUCUGAAAAAAUGCACGUUGUUGACCCUAGUGAGUACAAAUACAAAUAAUAGCUUUUUCUAACUAGGUCUGGUGCUCCACCACAAAUAAUAAUUGUAAUUGGGAAGCGCUCUAAUAGCGUUGCACAGGAGCACUGGAGGCGUUACACAGGGCUCCGGUCUGCCUUCGAAGGUGAGACCUCUGGGGCUGACAGGACCACGGCAGCGCCGGCGCUUAGUUAGUAGCUGUAGAUACUUACUUGCCUGGCCUUUCUUUUCUCGGUUUUUGUUUUUUCUAGUUAGGCCUGCUCCACCAACGUAAUUGAGAAGCGCUCUAAUAGCUGUGGAGCUUGGAGGUUCGAAAACUGAUGGAAAUCGAACGGCCACAUCCCCUGACGGCGAUUCAGAUGAUUCGUUGGGUGGCGCGCGCCGCAAUGUUGGUCCGCGCGAGACGCCGAAGCUUCUUAUGGACUACUUGCCUACUCGAUACAACCUGGUAAACAAUAAGUGAACCGUUCUUACUGUGACUUCUCGUGACAUGAAAAGGGCGCGCUUUUUACUGCAAGAUCUCAGGAACCAUGCGCGAUUUACUGGCAAAGCUAUACCUGGUCUAUGAUUACUUAAUCGUCCACGCAUCGGCAUUUUAAUCAAGAACUAAUGCUAGCUUAUAGGUCAUUGCCAUUGUCGUUGAUGUUCGUCGCUAUGCCUGUACUAGAUAACGAAAGUGUAGAUUUAAGAUGGUGAUGGGUUGACUUUUACGGUGUUUUUAAUAUGUGAAGCGGAAGCGACUGACGUCAUUUCUGUUCUAACGCGCGAGAAGAUUCGAGUCGUGGUCCGUUUUCCAUUGGCAUGCCGUUUGUGCAAGACAAAAACACGUUUCUGCAUGUUCCAUUGCGGACGCCAGUCGAGGAAGAGCAAGCGCCUAUGGAUGAGCACAAUUUGUACCAGGAAUUGCUUUAUCUUUGCGCCUCCGGAGACCAUGCCACUCAGAUUACGGGCGCGGUGGACGAAACUCACGCUUUUGCUUCUGGAGCAGACCAACAGCAGAAUAUGCUAUCGGGGUGCAGAGAGGGAGAACAUCAUGAACACGUAUCCGUCGUGGACAAAAAUACUGAGCAAGAAGGGAAAACGGUUUUCUUAUCUUCGACUGAAAACGAUCGCACGGAGACUACCAGAGGGCGUGUUCGAACCAUUGCGGAUACCCGUCAUGAAGUUGCACCCGCCGAGCGCCAGGUGCGUCUUCUAUAUCAGAAGACUCGGGUCCGCACCGGCUUAAGGGGUCCACUGCGUUCGCGCUCGAUACCUCGGAGAUUGCUGCAUGCUCUUCGGAGACACCGUGAACAGUACGGACUUGUAACCUCCCAAGACGCAGUACCCCGGAUGCGUUUCUACGAAGCGCCGUGCAAUUUCGCGUACUUCUGGUGAUUUUGAUUUUAUACGACAAGAUGUAAUAAUCAGGGACUAAGAUAAUUAGCUUUAGCGACGAUGGUCCUCUCACCAUGGAACAACUUCUAACAUAAUACGGCGGCACUGAAAAAAGUGUCAAUAUGACUCAUCAGGUAUAAGCGCACAUCCGGGACGACAUCAUUUUUUCUUUCCCGCAUGAAAAUGGCAUUCUGUCUGGGUACAACUGUUGACGCGCAGGGUAUGGCAAAGUUCUUCCUCCUUGGUGUGGAACCCAAAUGGGAGCUCUUUUUUCCGCAUAUUUUCUGCCCGCGCGAGCACCAGCUUAUGAAUCUACCUCAGCAUGUGGUGCAUUGAACGAAGUGACGCCUUCUAGCAUCUUCAUGCUUUUUGUGACCCACCUUUGUCCUUGGAGCACUCAGAUGGAGCUAUAAUCUAGAUUCUCACUAGGCUUAGAACUUAACGUUGUGUUAUGACUAUCGGGCAAGCGAAAUUACAGGUACAACAGCUCAUAAUGAGUGUGCACUUCUUCGCGCGUUGUAGUCUAGUUACGUGGCUGCAUCUUCUUUUGUUCUCUCUUCAUAAUGUAAGAGGAAGACGGACGAGGGGAGCAGACAGGAGGGCGAGUUCCCUCAGCGGAGGUUCUCAGCAGCGAUGCUUGGCUGUCUUUGCCGGUGUCGUCGACUUACUGGCGUCCAAUCGACAAAGACCUGUGGCAUGAGCGAGACGCGGUGAUGUAUCAUCGGGAAAUGUGCAUCCGUAAUCGAGUGAUCAGUGAUAAGGGCAACAGACUUCGAUAUGUACCCUUCACGGAGGACGACCCUAUCGCGUUCGACGCUGACGGAGAGAAGUCACAUGGUACCAAACGAAUCUAAAAAGUUUUCAUCCUACAAAAUUGUAAGCCUACGUGUCUACUAGGAUUUAUUUGUUACUAUCUCAAUGCCAAACACCCAAAAUACACCUGUAGAAGAGAUACUCCACUUGCAUCAAUGAUGGAUUCAGAGAUGACGAAUUUAGUUGGAUGUUGAACAUCAAAAUCCAUGUACUCAUCAUCACGAUCACGCGCGCUCCGUAAUGCAUAUGGGUUUUUAGUACUUCUAGUUCAUGAGUGAGGAGAAGUCCUCAUAGAUUUAUGUUUAUCUUAAUACAUCAUCAGAUGAUUGUGGCGAGCUUAGGAUCAUUUCGGAUCUGCGGCUGCAACGCGCAUCAUCCACUGGGCAACGCGAGAACUUCGAAUCGUCCCGAGUGAAAUAUAAUUUGGUGAACAUGUCGCUCCAGGAGGCGGUUGACAUUGAAAAGUCCGGUGGCAUGGGCUAUUGCGCCACGCUGCAUGCAAAUGAAGGCGAGAUGCUUACCCGAAUAAUGCGUCAGUUUAUCCGCAAUAUGGAUGGGGUCGAUUCGACACUCGUUCCCGUGUUUGUGGAGGAGUGCUCGCCCACUACGACCGCUUGCAGCACACAAUCUGAUGAAGAAAUCAAUGGUGCUGGACCACCAUCGUCGCUGCCGUGGCAUUCGAAGUUAUCCUCUCUCACUGCACAGCUAACGCAAAUUCGUUGUUGCAGUCGAGGAGACGGAGGGGACAAGCAUAUAGGAGAAAAAGCAGGUCAGGUCGAGAGAACCAAGAUCCAACAUGAACCUGUUGAUGGCCUAGACUUGCUGCGACACACGUGCGUCGUAAGUCGCCGCAAUCUGCAAGCAAUGCAGAAGAACAGUAACAACAACGUUGCGACGAGAAGCGCAACGACAACUUCAUUUAGUACUACGACAAAUGGAAUUUCUACUUCCUCGUGUACAAGUGGUGGAAGAGGAACCGUAGCAGAACCACAUGGCCGCGGUGAAGAUGUGCAGCCGGGGAAUAUGGUGAAGCAAGUAACGAGUGCUGAUCCAAUCCUGAUGGCGGAUCGCCGUGGUCGAAGUACUGAUACUGGAACAACCUGCGCAGCUUCGUCGAGUACAGCAUCCCAAUCGCAAUCGUUCUCGCUGUUAACACGGGAAGCCCUUGCCAAGCAUAACUACCACGAAGAUGGAGAGGGGCAGCCUGUUGUAGCUGCCGCACGAACCGCGCAGCUGGGAUCGGUUGGGUCCACGAUGCUAAACACUAGUUGUUCUGUGUCGGCGACGGGGUCUCCUCUUUUCUCAAGACUCGGGAAAGUGUCCGCGGAAGGCUCGUUUCUUCCUGUCCUGUCCUCGUCAACGUCGAUGGUGGAAGAGAAGCUCCAGCACAAGAAAAAUCAGAAAACAAAUGUAGUUGCACCUCAUGCGCAGGACGAGAACAAAAACAUGAAUGAGGAACAAGGGAGUUCAUCAUCUUCUUCAACAUCGCAUACGGAUUCAACAUCAAUUAUACCUCAAUCUCAGGACGAAGGACCUACAUGUUUGACGUUGCCGAAGUCGAGCUUGUUGACAAGCUCUAUCAAUAAGUUUUCGGAUGAGGUGCUGCUGAGAACGAUGUCUGCGUGUCCGCUAGAAGCUUACAAAAUCGCAGAGGAUUCCGCUAGCUACUUGCAAUGGGAGAUAGUAGAGCGCGCAGCGGUGCUGAUGGCUGUGGUGCAGAUGGAAUGGCAGGCACCGAGUCGAGACUUCUUCGAGGACGCACAGAUGUACUUUUUCAACAGAUAUCACAAGCAUGAAGCGAUGAGUAGACGAAACCAUGGACGAGGAGGUGGGCAACAGAACAAGGAGGGUGGCUGCAGCCUAGCGUUAAGCUGCGGUGAAGAAGUGAUCCUGUCGCCAAAAGAGGUGAAGGUCAUAGCAUACGCCGUCAGUGCCGUUCAUCCACCGAUAUUUGCGUACCGUGGCGAGAUCCUCUGUGCCUCCUUCGCAGGCCUCUUCUCCUACGGGAGAGCCGUUCCAUAAUGCGGUAAAGCGCUCCAAUGCGCAAAAAGGUAAAAGAAAGAGCUUAAUCGUAGUUGUUCUUCUACUUCUUGUAGUUCGUCAUAAUUUGGUUAUUCCGAACUAGAGGAUUCCGGUCGAUUUUCAAGAUUGAUAUUUAUGGGCGUUGUUUCUCUCUCAAGCAUAUGAAUGCUGAGAUGGUGAUGAACUGGUCCGAGGACAUCAAACUGGGACAUCUAGGACAACUUUCAAAUCAUAAAUAUUCAUUUUAGACGGAGGUCGAAGAAAAAGAGGAAGGUUUGGAGGGACACAGUGAAUCAGAGCUGAAAUCGAAAUAUUAGAGGAACUCCUACAACAACAACUCCUACAUUAUAUAUAAUGAACAAGUGAUCACCGAGUUGAUGAAAGGGAAGAACGCUCACGAUCAUCGGCUCUUCUUGCUCCCCUUUGAGUCUGUAUUCUAUAUUUGUCCUGCAUUCGAAUCCAAGAGUAGGAGUCCAGACGAGUAGGGCGAGUUCGCACUGUCAUGAUUAAGUAUAUCUAUUUUUUUGAUAAUAAUAUUCAAAGAUUAUACCCAAUUCUUUUGUGAUUGAGAAGGUUUGGUGUCGCAGUGGUAUUAUUGGUAUACACGCUAUUGCGACUGACAUGAUAAUGUUGUUGCUUCAUGGUUUUUCAUUCAUUCUGACUCCAUCUGCAGUAAUCUAAUCUAUCAUCUAGUGCAAACUGGAAAUUGGAGAACCAGAAGGUGUGGGUGUGUGCACUUGCAGCAGCUAGAAAUAUUAUAUAAAGAGGUUGUUCGCAAAUGAAGAUGAACACCUUCACCUCAUCAUGUUUUAAGAGGAACGAGAAGUUCAAAAAUAAUGCACAGGUAGAUCCCGGGGCUCUUCUGCGGUGAAUCUUUUACGCACCCUUACCUAGUCUAUCGAGUCCGCGACUGUUUUAUUUGCUUACAGAGAUCGUUUUUCUUUACCUACACUUCAUAAAACCAACGAACCUAUCCACCAACAGCGUGACACUGUCGAGUAUGACUUUCACCGAUCCCGUGCGGUGCUCGAUGCACGCUGCUGAGGAGGAGACCCCAGUCAAGUCAAGUCACCAGCCUGCUUUGUGCUAUAGUCGGGUUUACUGUUCUUCAGCAUCGUCCAUUUAUUCAGUUUCCGCCUCUUGAAACAAACCCAAACAAAAGUCUAUUUAUUGUUAGAUGAUGCAUUGGGAGGUGGCUGAUGUUUGCUUGAAUAUUGAAUGUACUUACAAUGACAGAUUAUGCUUGUCGAUUCCUUAGCAUUAUUUCCAUGAGGUGGUAGUGAUAGGCUUUUGAAGGAUAUAUUCCAUGAGGUGGCGCUCAAGCGUCAAAAGAAACCUCCAGAACAGGUAAAUGAAUGAAUGAAUUUACUGCCUGUAUAUCAAUAAACAAACUAUAAGAUCAUGCGAAUCUAGCUGGGCUUAUACCUUUUUAUAAGGCCGCUUAGGUCCAGCGACGCUCAUCAAAGCCCUAAGAAUAUUAACCGGCUAAUUUCCCUCGUCUUCUUUCACAACUAUAUGAAUAUAAUGGAAAUUAAUCUAAUAUCAUCAAUAGCUUGAUAUGACGACUCCGAGAGGACGUCUCAUGUGCAAUUGACGAAAGAAGAUUACAUGGGAAGGGAUCGGGUUCAUCUGCUUAAUUAUGUUCACAUGAGCUGCAGCUGUACCUGACAGAGGACGCCGAGUCAGCACCUGCGCAACAAUACACAAGAACAACAUCAAGUGGAACCAUCUCCUUCGUUCUGGGUGCCUGAUCAAGGAAUAAAGUUACUACAACAGAGGACGAAAGGGAAAGCCGUGCUGAACUGACGCCAUAAUUGAGGAUAUACAGAAGCUUUUAUGCGGCGGUGGCCGUUGUGCUUCGUCGUGUAGUAGUUUUUUGUGCCUGGCCGUUGUGCUUCAGGAUUCUCGCCGGGUAGUUAAAUGUUCGCAUCGCGAGGAACAUUAUAUAGACCCAGGCCCCCCCCGAAAAAAAAAAGGAGGUUGGCCAUGGUGAAUGAAUCAAUGAGGCGGGAAAUUAACAUGAAAGCCGGUUUGUCUCGAUUAUGCUACAUCUUCAAGGCAGCCGCAAAAUGUCUUCGGGCAGCGUUAACCUGAAGAACAAUUUAGAAGCAUUAAAUCUUAUUGUUGAAUUUCAUUUUCCCUCUGCUUCUUCUAAGUUUGUCUAUCUUUAUUGUAAAUUCAAGAAGGUGGUAGGGAGAAGUUAGUACAACUUCUACUUAGAUUGAACAUUCUUUCAUCCCUUGGAAAAAGUUGUUGUUCUCCUGAGAUAAUCAUCAUGAUUCUAAGUACUUGUUUCGCUUCGACUUCGUGUUGAAGAACUGGUGCGUCUAUAAUUUACUUUCAUUCUUCUUUUAUAGUGGGACGACUGACAUAUUAAUGCUUCUUGCUUCCCCGCCUAACUCCGGUAUAUUAUAAUUCUUAGUAGAGAUGAUUCGUUCCUUCGUGAAUCACGCGUUGUGAGGGGUAUCACCAGUAUGAGCUUCACUAACUCCCAUGCUAGUUGGAUGGUUCUAAAUGUCGCCAGCGAUGAUGUUUCACUCUUCAUAUGAGAUUGACAGAACGCAACUUCUUGAGGUUUUUUGGAAGGGGAGGAUGACCCAAGAGCUCUCACGCUCAGAGCUGGCAUGCUCACCUGUGAAGAUGCUACGGUAAUAUGCUGACGCAUAGCCUAAAGAUAUAACGUAAGAAGUAGCUAUCAUGAUCCUCCAGAACGAUUCUGAUCCACCUCGUCUGCUACUGCGCAGGCAAAGUAGAUGCUCCUGAUUUGAAGAAGACACAGACACCAGUGGCGUUCAUCUUCUUCAACGUUUUGACGCUACGACUUGACUUCUUCUAGGAUCGAUUCCCAUGCAGCUCUAUUUAGAACAAACUCAAAUUAAUAGAUUUAGAUACUGCUCUUUGUCUUUCUAAGUCUUUUAAGACAAUAUUUAUCGCUCUCGAUGAGGAACAGAAUGAUCAUGAGAAAUGUAGAAGGGGGACCAGACUCACAGAAGAACGGGACGUCCUGCAGAGGCGUUCCCGAACUCAUGUGGUGGUCGGAUCUUCAUCCAGACUUUCCGGAAAAUCUAACAUAUCGAUCUGCAUCAAGUGAAGAAUUUUUUAUAAUGUGUAAAUAAUAUUGUUAUUGAUCCCCUUGUUCAUCUCUUGACCAUGUAGUACCUGAGGUGACAUGACAUCAUCAUCAUCAAUCAUCAUCAUCAUCAUCUUUAUGAUGUCUAAAUAUUAAGCGACUUCAACCAACCCCGAGGACAUCGACUUCUAGUAGUGGAGUCUUUGAGCGGUCCCACCUUUAAUUUUUGUGGGAAAUCCAGCAGUGCGGACGAUCUGAUGGUGGUCUUAUUGUAGAUCGAUGGCGUACUCUCGAAGCAGCAGCCCCACGACGACAAGUAAGCCAUGCAUCUUGUCUAAGUAGGCGGUGCAGGAGUCCCACUUUGGUCUCUAACAUACUUACCUGUACAACCACAUCACAGUUCCCUAAAGAUCAAAAUGGCGGGCUCGCUUGUGUUGAUCUAGCAGUCGGCCUUUUUGUCUUGUUGAAGAAAGCCCCAGCAUUCUUCACCAAUGAGAACUAAAGAUCCAACGGUAACGCUGCGAUCUCAAGAUCCCAGCAUUCUUGUUCCGAACUCAAGAUCCUACCGUGCGGCAUGCUGCACUGAAUUCUG